GUGGAUCAGACCCCCGCGAGUGCCCUCGGCCCUCCAGACGAAGCAGCCGCCCAGCCAUGGCCGCCAAGAGGGGGGCCAAACGGGCGGGCGCCUUGAUGGGGAACCCUCCCGCGAAGACCCCGCGCAAGAGGGGCCAGACCUCCACCGACGACGGCCCCGAGGCGGGCGACUGUGCCGCUUCGACGGUCUCCGCAGCAAGGACGAGCCUCACCACCGUGCCGCCCCUGCAGGAGACGUCCCCCGACGCCAACGGUUCUGGCAACAACGGCAAGAGGGGCCAGGGCAGCUCGAAGGGCAAAGGGGACCGGCCGCAGCCCGUGAAGGCCACCACGCCCCAGGUCCUUCCUCUGGCGACCUCGUGCGGGAAAUGCGGCGAGACCUUCGAGAAGGCGCGCGCGGGUCUGCGAUGCGAGAGCGCAGCGGAGUGGGCGCUGACGGUGUCCGUUCGGGUCGACGGUGGAUCGGUAGAGCGGCGCCCCGGCAUCGAUGCGUGCAAGGGUUGCUUCGUCUGGUGGGACCAGCACGUGUCCAUGAUCUGCACGUGGGAGGAGUUCGUCGCGAAGUACAGAACCAACGACUGCUUCAAGAACAUGAUCGACACCGCCUGCAAAGUGAAAGCUGGCACGAUGGAGAGGGGCUUUAAGCCCGAGGCCGUGUGCGCGGGCGUCCGCCGACUCGGUUUCGUCGACAGGGCUUGCGUCAUUCUGAACGAGAAGGAGCUCGCCUCCGAAGCUGGGAAACAGUACGUCGCCAAGAAGGACAGGCCGUCUUCGACCAUGACCCUGAAGAGCGGCGACGGCGACGACAACGAGGAGGAGGUGUAUUGCUUCAGCCACCCCCAGCUGCCGUUCCGCGUCUACCAUGAACGCUUCGAGGUCUUCGUGGCGAAGCAGGGCACCAAGCUCCCCGAGGGUUGCCACGUGUGGCCCGCGCAGGCAACGGAAGCGUUCAUGAAGGACAACAGCCUGGCGGAGCACGCGUCGCCAGCCUUGGAGACGAUCGCUUCCAAUUUGGCUUCGCUGGAGGACUGGGUGGAGAAGCGCCAGCUCCCCGCGGAGGAGGGUGCUGAGGCGGACGGCUCGCCUGCCAACGGCGGCCCCGAGGGCGCAGGGCCCUCCGCAGAGGACGUUCUCCAGUGCGAGGGCAUUGCCGCCUCUGCCAACAUCUGGCCUGGUGGACGCCCGGGGUCCUCUGGAGAUCAGGGCGGCGCCAGCGCUCGGCAGGCGAGGGCCUUCGCCGAAUCUUGCCUCGACGGCGCCGGGGUCGUGGAGGUGCAGCCCGAGGACUCGGCUAGCAAGGCGGGCGGUGACCUCUGUGAUCUCUCGCCAGAGGAGGUGUCCGCUCGCGAGACCGUCAACUAUUACGUUGGUAAGCUCAGCUUGCGCGCCGCCAUGAUGGCCAACAGCGAUGGCCGAACGCUGACGGGCAUCAAGAACCAGAUGGAAAAGCUGGGCGAUGUCGAGGUCACGCGCGAGUACGCGAACACCCUGCGCUUGCACAAGGCGGAUUAUGACUUGGCCUGCUUGCUGCAGAAGCCAGGCGUCUUCCAGCACACGGAGGAGCGCUUGGACCAGAUCUUGCGGGAUCUCGGCCCGAAGGUGAAGGGCGACUUCCCCUACGAGGUGAGCUGCGUGGUCAUCUCGAUCAAGAUGCGCUACCUCCGCGAGAAGUCCCAGUUCGCGAUGUUCUUGGGCAUGGCCAGUCCUUGGUCGAAAGGCGAGUUCAGCAUCCUCGCCCGCACCGUCGGAGCCAUGCCAGGGAUGAGUGCCGCAGCCAGGAUCCAGCUCUACCAGCGCGUCGUGUUCAAGGAGACGCUCGUCCCCAUGAUCGGCAGGGGCGAGGAGGGCAGCGCAGGCGUGCUCAACUUGGUCCAGGAGGGCCAUCGCUUGUACAGCGACGUCGAUAUCUUCGACAUCGCGGAGGACGAGACCAGCGUGUUGAAGGAGUCCUUGGACGUCUUCCAGGCGCUCUCGUUCAUCGUGGAUGAGUCGGUCUUCCACGCGACGUACGUGGACGGGGGGGAGCCCUUCGAGGCCGUCGCUGCGCAGACUGGGAAAGCUGGGCACGCCAUCUCCACCAUCAUCGCCAACGCCGUCGACGGCUCCGACUUCUACAAGAACCGCAAGGUCGCCCUGAGGAACAUGUUGCCAGGCAUGCUGGAGAACGCUGCGGCGUACUCCACCAUGCGCGGGGCCCUGGGCGCGCUCGCCGUCCCGACCGGGGUGGGCGUCACCGUCGAGACCGUGAACGAAUUGUGGAGUUUGGGCAAGACGCUGUCGUCGACCAAGAAGUUUUUCAGGGCGCGGUACUGCGACCCAGACGUCGAGGUCUACUUGGGCAAGGCGUCGCAGGUGCUCUCCGCCACGGACGCCUUGGAGAGCGGUAGUCGGGCCCCUGACAUGGAUCUCCUGCGCGCCCUGCUGGCCCUUUCGACCCAGACUCUGGAGUUCCCGUGCGGGGACCGCGACGAGGAGCUCAGCCAGCGCCUGGGCGUGAUCAAGCGCCUCCAGUCCACCCUCGGCGCCAACGAGUUCAAGGGGAAAGUGCUGCAGGCGGCGUCCGUCGCGGCCAUGGCCAUCGCAGACGAGGGUGCCGCCGAAACCCUGGGGAGGCACCUCGGGUUCGCUGAGGGGUGCUGUUUCGCCAGCAGCGCUGACGAGAUCAAGGUUUUCCUCGCCACCGCCGCGGGCAAGCUCCCUGGGGUGGCGCCCGCGCAGGCGCGCGCGUCGGUGAAGAACAACGUGGAGCGCUUGCUCGAGCUUGCCGUCAUGGGCGGGGCUGUCAAGGAGAAGGAGGACUUGAACGCUUCGUUCUUGCAGUGGCAGCUGAAGUCCGCCCUGGCCGACGUGGGCGCUCUCGGGAAGGACUUCGCCGAGCAGUCUGGCCACGGGGAGUUCCGCGCAGCCCUGCGGCGCGUGCAGGGCGCCAAGCAGUCGCUCGACGCUUUCGUCAGGCCCUUGAGGGGCGCCGAUGCCCAUCGCGACUUCCCCCAUUUGGACGAGGCAAUCGCUGAGGAGGCCGAGAGGCUCUUCGAGGCUGGGCGAGCCGCUGUUGUCGCCAGCGCAGAUGAGCACAUGAUAUCAUUAAUGCAGAGCUUGCAGAAGUCCAUCGGCGCCCGCGAUGAUGGGGUGAUCAGCUGGUUCGAGGGCGCGAAUACGUGGGAGGCCUUCGACAAGGUCUGCAGGCAGACUGUGUGCACUGAGGCGAACAAGGGCUUGAAGGUUUCCAUCGACAAGUUCGAGGAGGCCGUGGACGUCAGUAAGCGUGCCAGGGAGGAGCUCGUCAGCGAGGCUCCUUUUCCCAGGGAGUUGGGCGCGAUCGAGAAGCUCGUGUUCAGCGCCAAGGCGACGCGGGCCAUCGUCUCCAUCAUGGGGUCCUUUGCCGAGUACGAGGACGUCCAGAGGAAGGGCCCCCAAGAGGGGGGGUUCAAGAACAUCGGGGACCUGAAGAAGAGGGUGCAGUCCGAGAUCCGGGCCGUGCGGAAGGACUGCGCAUGCGAGCGCACGGCGCUCCCCCCCGUGCUUCUCAAGGAGUGCGCGGCAAUCCUGUGGGGCUCGGGGGUGAGCCACGUGGGCAAGAAGUAGGGGGGCUCGCGCGGGCGCGAGCUGAGUCGGGG